AAAAAUAAUGACGGUAAAAUGGCCUCCAGCGGACUCACGAUUUUAACCUUAUAUUUAUGCUCUGCAGCCAUUGGCCGAGCUUCAGGGCUGGAAGUGAAAAUUGAGCCAAAUGUAAUGGAAAUACGGAAUUAUGUUGGAGAUGAUCUUAUCCUGAGCUGCCAUGUGAAGAAAAGCAAAGAAGAGCAAGACAAAUUCUCCCUCAGCUGGCAGGUUCCUUUUGAUAAAAAUGUGCGUGUAAAUAUUAGUGAUAUUUUGGGAACAUUAAUAUUAUCUGUCCAAGAUCUACACGAAACAGACCGGGGCAAUUACACAUGUACUCUUAUGAGUGAACAUGAUCCACCACUGAGGACAUCGGUGAAUGUUGUUGUGUUGCCACGAGGCAGAGUUGGAUACUGCUCCCAUGACUCCUUUCGCUGUUUGAAUGGAGAGUGCAUUUCUUCACGCUAUAAGUGUGAUGGUCAUGCAGACUGCACAGAUGCCUCCGAUGAACUGCAAGCAGACCAGUGUGGGACGGAUGUGUGUGCAGGGAAGCUGAUAUGUGAGGAGGGGCGGUGCAUUCCCCCAAGUCUGUGCUGUAGGGAGAAAGAAUUGCAUCCCCCAAAUUGUACUAUAAGGCCAGGGAUUGAAUGUUGCAAACAGCUUUUGCAUCCUGCUAUUCGUGACCAGGAUAUCUACUACCUAAAAGCACCACCAAGAUUGCAUCAACAAAGGAACCCACAGCCAGAUUCUACUCUCAUAAUGGGUUGCAUUGUGGCAGUAGCAAACUUGAUAACAGUUGGUAUCAUAGUUGGGGUAAGGUACCACCUAUGGCGUUCCAAUGGUUCUACCUCCCGUGCCCAUUACCACCUGAAUAGAUUACGGUCAGCCACUCUCCGUCCAUUUGGCUUUGGUUCAUCUCUCAAUCCCCCAUCAACCACUGAUCAGUAUCAGUUACGGUCAGCAGAUACUCUGUAUUCAAGAAGAAUCCCUGGUUUGCGCUCGGAUCUUCUGUCGCCAGAGAUCCUUCGGGAACAGAGGCAGCAGUGCACACAUCAGCAGAGACCCUUUACUGGAGGAGUUGUCUUGUGCCCUCCAACCAAUGCUCAGCCUCCUCAGUACUCACAGUUGCCGACAGCUCAUACAGGGCCCCCACCUGCUUAUCAUCAGGUUGUGGGAGCUCCACCACCACCCUACUCCUCCCGUGAUGAUCUUACACUAGGAAGCUCCUCAAAUGGCUCCUCCCUGUCUCUCCUGUCACCACUUCUGAACAACAAUAACAAUGGGGAUAUCAAUGGUAACACCACAGCCCAUCUUUCUGUUAUACAGAACCAAAAUGUGGCCCAUGCUACAGCUUCCUCUGCAGCACCUUCUCAGUUCUCAGGUUCCCAGUCCCGAGGCAACAAAUGAUAAGCUUUAGCAUUUAUGGGGUGGAGAGAAACAUGCUUGAAAACUUUUUGAAUCUGAUUAAUAUUUUGAAUCAUAAUCUUUUGAAUCUUGAAGAAUUUUAAAACUCAUAACUCAGUUUUUGAAUCUUAACGAUUUUUUUAAAUCUUUAUUAAUAUUGAAGUCUUAAUUAACUUUUAAAUCUUUAUUUAUUUUUUAAAUUGUAAUUCAUUGUUUUUAGUGGAUAGUGUAUCUGACUCAAAGUAUGAGGUUGAGGAGUACUCUUUGCAAACAGUGCUUCGAGUACAACAAAAGUUCAUUUACAAAUGACCAUGAAAUGAUGGGAAUAUUGAUAAAGAAUUGCACUGUCUUUGAUGUUAAAUUUGGUAUUUUCCUUUGCCUGGAAUAUUAUUGAAGAUUCACAAAGUACAUUGUACAAUUAUCCAUUCAUUAUUUUGGAACUUACUUCAUCUAUGAUGUGUACUCAUGGUUGUUUCAUCCUUGUGUAACAUUCCAUGCAAGGGGAAUUGAGAAAUUAUGAUAAUCAUAAUUACAAAUAAAAUGAACUGAAAUGAGAUUAGGAUAAGGACAGGGUGGCAUGAUGUAUAGAAAUUGUAACUGAAGUUCUGCAUUUAUAGCAUUUAAUAAUAUAAAGCUAUAUUCAAAAGUGCUUCCAAUGAUGUACAAAGUAAGGAAUUUAGGCUUUACUGCUUUGAGUUUCAUAACUGUUCUGUUCUGACUAAAUUUAUGUCCAGCAGGUUAUGAAAUUUCUUAAAAUCUAAAGAAAUUAAAAAAAGUAGGGAAAAUAAAAUUAUUUUAAUAUAUCAGUAUGGAUAUUAUGACAACUUUGCAAUGAACUCAACUAAACUGAUAAAAUUAGGCAAUGUCAAAACUUGCCUCACUGCUCAUUUACUAUAGACAAAGAUAUUUUUCUUUUUAUUGCACCUACACAGAAUUGCAUUUUUACCUCUUCUCAGGAUAUUGAAGGAUGAAACACAACUACGAGGAGAAGAGAAACACUAAAUCUGUUAAGUUUCAAGUAAAACUGAGUUUGUCUCCAAGCAUCAGUACAUAAAUGGUAUGAGUGACAUCUAGUUUCAUUUGAAAGAUCACAGGUUUUGGAUACCUUCACUUUGGAGUUGUUUUAGAGUUUAUGUUUGUUUGUUGUUGUUUUAUUACACAUUACAAUUUUUUUAUGAUUUGUUGAUAUGAACAGAUAUUAUAGUGAGAAAAAUACAGACCAGAGUAAAUACGAGAGAUAUAAAGAAGAAAGAACAAGGAAGUUCUAAGAUAUAUGUAGGCAUAUUAGUUUGUAGAAAAUUGUAUUAUAUUAGUGUUAGUAUUUAAGACAGUUGUCAGUCAUUGAUGUCUUAUUAUUAUUAUUGUUAUUCUUGCAUUGGAAAAUGAUGAAUGGAACAAACUAGUGGUAACAGAAGGGCAGUUUUGUGUAUCACAAAAGACAACUGGUACCUGAUUGGCUCAUUUGCCAAACAAGAAUCACUGUAUCUUCAAGCUUGUAAAACUUUUUCAUGUUUUCUAAAUCUGAUUUUUUAUAUGUGUUUGCCCCCUCUUUUCUUCUUCUUUUUCUUUUUCUUUAUUUUACAAUUUGUUUGUCUAAAAUCAUCUUGUGCAAUUAUAACUGUACAAGUAAACAUGUGCCAAAUGCAUGCACACUUCUAUAUCAACUAAUGCUUAUAUUUGAAAUAAUGUGAUAGUCCUAAAGUAGUUGAAAAUAGCAGUUCAAGGCUCAAGACUGCCAUAUUGAUAUUGAUUAAAUGCCAAUUUGAACUUUAAGCUUACAUUACGUAUUCAAAAAUAUUUAUGAAAAUAGCAGAUACAUUCAAAUAAGGGACGUGCAAUAUCUGUUUAUACGAAAAGUGCAAAUGGUAAAUACUAUCUCCCAUUAUUACAUGGUCGCAAUGAUAAGAGUAAUAAUUGUGUUUUUAAGUUCAUCUUGUGUAAUCAAAAUGAUGUCUACAUGUUUGCAAUAUUCUCCAUAAUUAUUUUUAUAGAUGUUGCUUCCAGAUAACAGUUAGUAUGUGUCAAUUAUGUGCCAAGGUAAAAGAGUAUCUUAGAUAGUUUUAACUUGAAUUGUAGACAGUUGUGAAGGGGUUUUAUGAAAUUCCCAUUUCAUGAUCCUGUUUCUAGGGAACCAUUGUACACUGUUUUGUGUCUCAAAGCUUUGAUAUUAGGUAAUAUUAAGAAGAAAGAUAUUGAAAAUUAAUUAUAUACUUAUAAGAGAUAUAUAUGUUAUUAGUAGCAGCUACCAUUCUUAAACUCUAUCUUUUAAA